AUGAAUUUAUUUAAAAUUAAUUUUUUUAAACGAUUAAAAUAUUUUCAUAAUAAUACUAAUAUUAUGAUUAAUAAUUAUGCAUUAAUCAAUAAAAAAUGUAAUGUAUUCUUAUCAAUGAAAUCAGUAUUGUAUCCAGAUCAUAAAAUAAUUUAUAUAUUUCCUUAUAUUAGAAUUCCUUAUAUAUUAAAUAAAAUAAAGCGUAAUUGCACAAUUCUUUUUGGUGUAAAUGUACCAGUAACUGUAUCUUUACACAUGUGGAAUUAUAUAACAUUGAAUGAAAAUUUAAAUACUUUAUUUUACACUUUUUUAUUAACCUUCAUAUUACAUGUUAUUACUCGUCCAUGUAAUAAUUCAGUUGGAUCAAUAUAUCUCCAAGAAAAUGAAAAAGAUUUCAGACAUCAAAAAAUUAUAAUAUCAUAUGUGAAUUAUUGGGGUAAAAGAAUAAAUUUCGAGACUGUUGUUAAGAAUAUUAUUUUUACAAACAAUUCUAAUCUUAAAUUAUAUAACAAUUUGAGUAUUAUAUCGUGUAAAAAUGAUUUGAAGAUAUUUAUUAAAUAUGGAAAAAUUAUA